UGCAAAAGGGAAGAUCAUCCUUCUUCUGCUAAACCACCACCUCUCUGACAACAUUAUUAAAUCCCCGAUUUUGCGGAUUUUACUCACAUUAUCGGCAACUCCAGAACCGUUGGUGCCUCGUCGCGAAACGUCCCGCUAGUGCUAAGUGCUAACGGGCUAACGUUCAUGUCGGGCGGACUUCCUCUGAGCUCCGGCGUUUCUACGACGAGCUGGCGGGUCUUCAUCCCAUCCUGUCUAACAUCCUACUCAGGGGCUUCACACACUCAGUCCUCGUAGCUUUGUCGGUCUGCACAACCGCUGCGUCAGACCGGCCUGACGUCUUUCAUCAGAGGCCUCAAGAAGCCAAAGCCAAUGGUAAGCACAGCACAGGGAUCUUAGAGCCCCGUAUUCUGGAGAGUGGGUGUGCUGCCUUCCAGUAUCGAGCCAACAAGUAUUCUGUGGGAGGGGAAGGUCCUCGACACGGAGCCUCAAAGCUAGCAAUGCCCGGAUCCACGCCGGCCAGCAGCAAGGCUCGGGUGUAUACCGAUGUCAACACACAGAAGAACAGAGAGUACUGGGACUACGAUGCACACGUGCCAAACUGGAGCAAUCAAGACAACUAUCAGCUGGUGCGCAAACUGGGGCGAGGGAAGUACAGUGAAGUGUUUGAGGCCAUAAAUGUGACCAACAAUGAGAAGGUGGUGGUUAAAAUCCUCAAGCCCGUCAAGAAGAAGAAGAUCAAAAGGGAAAUCAAAAUUCUUGAAAACCUGCGUGGGGGUACCAACAUCAUCCGGCUGGUCGACACGGUCAAAGACCCAGUGUCCAGAACACCAGCGCUUGUCUUUGAGUGCAUCAAUAACACAGAUUUUAAGGAGCUUUACCAGAAGCUGACAGACUAUGAUAUCCGUUACUACAUGUAUGAGCUGCUCAAGGCUCUGGACUACUGUCACAGUAUGGGGAUCAUGCACAGGGACGUGAAGCCCCACAACGUGAUGAUCGACCACCAGCUGAGAAAGCUUCGUCUCAUAGACUGGGGUUUGGCAGAAUUUUACCAUCCUGCUCAGGAAUACAACGUCAGGGUGGCUUCCCGCUAUUUCAAAGGCCCUGAGCUGCUAGUGGACUAUCAGAUGUAUGACUAUAGUUUGGACAUGUGGAGUCUAGGCUGCAUGUUGGCCAGCAUGAUCUUCCUGAAGGAACCGUUUUUUCAUGGCCAGGACAACUAUGAUCAGCUGGUCCGCAUCGCUAAGGUUCUGGGCACCGACGAGCUCUUCGGCUACCUGCACAAAUAUCACAUAGAACUGGACACUCGCUUCAAAGACCUGCUGGGACAGCAAACACGGAAGCGCUGGGAGCAGUUCAUCCAGUCAGAGAACCAGCACCUGGUGAGUCCAGAGGCUCUGGACCUGCUGGACAAGCUGCUGCGCUACGACCACCAGCAGAGGCUGACGGCAGCUGAGGCCAUGCAGCACCCAUACUUCUAUCCUGUGGUGAAGGAACACGCUAAUGCUAACACCGACAGCACAAAGGCAAUAAGCAGCUCCAAUGCAACAUGAUAACCAGAGAGCAGGAAGAAUCUUUGUUACCUCAACUUGUGACCUUUUCGUGGCAGAAACCUCUGCCUCCACAUCAACAGCCAUACUGGAGUAAGAUGUCAACUUUGCAGCAUAAACAAACUCGCACGGAUUAAACUUCUCCAAAAACAGAGCCCGGGGGAAUCUGCGCUGCUUGGUCCAAGUCACAAAUAAAUCAGAUCUGAAAUCAGAUCCGACCCCCACCCUCCUUCCUUCUCCUCCUCCUCCUCUUUCUCUCCCUCUCCUUCCUCCUCCGCCUCCCAACAUCACCCUCAACCUGUUUUUAAAAUGAGCAAACUGACUGUUGGAUCAGAAUCAAGCCAGUGUCGUUGCUGUAAAGACAUUUGUCGGUCAUUGCGACGCUGUGGUGACCUGAGAUCCAGUUCCAGGUUUUAGCACUGAGUGGCAUGGAGGCUCUUUUCUGCUAUGGAUAGAACAAAAGCUAUAUUGAAAGAGAAUAAACCGUUUUUAUUUAAACAUGUGUUGGACUUUUAUUGCCACAGGAGCCCCAUGACCUUUUAGGCCCCUGGGCCCAUGUCUAGUAAGGUUCGGUAAUCAGUUCACACAAUUACCACAACUGUGCUUUUAAUCGUGUUGUCAUUUACAUUUUUGGCAAAUUGGCACCAUUAACCGUGUGCCAAAUGAGCUAUUAGUUUGUCUUUACAGUGUACCAGUGUUUGUACAGAAAACUAUCACUGUCACUUUGAUACUGAAGAAAACUUUAAAAUAUGAUGAUUCUCAAGCAAGUUGAGUAGUUAAGUGAACUCUGUUUGUCCAGGUCGUCGGCUCUUGUUUUGGUGCAUCAAGAAACAAACGAGAGCUCGUCAAGUGUGUGUACUUUUUAAUAAAUAACCUGGAAAAUCAAGAUGUUUUCCAGAACAUAAAACACUUGUGCAACAUUCGUGCGUUACAAAUAGGUGCAUUCGUUUAGGGCCCAGGUUGAUGAGGUCAGCAGACGAAUUUAAAACGUAUCUGCUUCAUCAAAUGGCUAAAAUUGUAAACACAGCAGAGUAAAUGUCAAUCACACGUUAAACUUCAAAUCCAAGUAUUUAAAAUGCAUCAUAGAAGUGGAGUUCACAUUUUGGUUGAGUGUUUAAGUUAAAAACUGGGACUGCUGAACCAGCUGAUGCUGGUCAGCCCACGUCCUUUUUGCUGUGAUUAGUUUUUUCAGUCUGUCAGUGUUAAUUCAGCUCACAGACAACGUGGCCCAUAAUGAAUGCCCUGACUGACAUCUGAAGUUUGAAGUGUCAAACACAGUAAAAAGCAGCCUACAAACACACGGCUAGCUACAGCAGAUGAGCUCGACACCCAUCGAAGGCACGCCCACAACACCCCCCGCUUCCUCCUCAGCCAGCGACUCGAGUCUGGGUGAGGAUGGAAGACGACUGGCUGGAGUUUGGCUGCGUCACAAAAAGCCCAGCAGUGUAUUAAAGAUGCCACUCAGGCACUUUUUCAUCAUGUUAAAAGGAACAGUUUCACAUUUUGGAGAAACUGUGGCGAUGUUAAAUGAGAAGAUCCCAGUCUCACAUCCGUCAGUUGAAUAUGACGCUACAGCCAGCGGCCGUUAGCUUAGCAUAAAGACCGGAAACAAGGGGAAACAGCUAGCCUGGCUCUGUUCGAAAUGUAAAUACCACAAUUGGACAUUUCGCAGGGAGUUAUGUACCGCAUUAUUUGUCAAGCUUAGCACUUACACAGUUUAUAAUGAAACCGAUUUAGUAUCAAAAUCCUCAGUCAUUUUUGAAACAAUGAGUCCUCGAUAUCAGGCAGAGGCAACAACAAUCGGUAUCGGCAUCAGAACUGAUAUCGAACCUUUUUGAUACGAUACCGGCAGAUUUCAUGAGUUGCAGCUCACUGGCUAAUUAAGCAAACAAUAGUUCCCUAAGUUGAUUUAACACUUUCUCUCCAGCUGACUUUUUAUCUUUCAAGGUGACUCUUCAACGUUGAUACACAUUUUAACAUAACCUGGAACCCCAUGAACUAAUGUACGGUCAGUUAUGAUUAUUUUGUGACCACAUAAAAAAAAAA